CAUCACCAAGCACCCGACAAACAUCAUCGUGAUUUGAGGUUCCCCACAACCAGAAAGCAAUAUCUAGGAGAGCUUUCUCAGGCGUCCUUCUUCACAUUCAUUCACUUUCCGAUAAAUCAUAUUAAAUUUCACGAAAAACAGCCUCGGAUUCUUCAGUUCGCCAUUCCAUCCAUCCCACAGAAGUCAAUCUACAAUCCUCAAACCAUCACAAUGUCUUUCCUCACCAAGACCGUCUCCAGCCGCAUGGCUAUCUCCUCCAGAGCUGCCCUGGUCCAGGCUCCUAGACAAUUCUCCGUCUCCGCACGGUACCAGAAGACCGCAACCGAGACAGUGAAGGACGCCGCAAAGACUGUCGACCGUAAGGUUUCUGAUAAGCUUGUUGACGGUAUCAACGCUGCUUCCAAGGCCACUGAGAACAUUACCGGUUCCGAGGUUGCAGGCAAGGUGGAAGGUUCCGCCGAGGAGAUCCGCGGUCAGGCCGCCGGCAAGGGUUCCGAGUUGGCCGGCAAGGCCAAGGGCGCCGCCAACGAGGCCGCUGGCAAGGCCAAGGGAGCCGCCAAUGAGGCCGCUGGCAAGGCUAAGGGUGCUGCCAACAAGUUGUGAAGAUAAUACGGAUCGUGAUGCUAGGACGCUUGACCAUUGGCGGUCAGCUGUACCAUAAUGAAUGCUGCAUAGGGCCGGCGUAAUCAUAAUGAAUUGAACGUUUUGGAAUAAACCUACUUGUUAACACUAGGAAAUUGUGAAAUUAUGACACCCGAAGCCUCACGUUCUCUUUCAAUCUGUAGUGUAGGUGAGUCAAGAGACUGAAGUAGAACACGAAAUGCUGCUGUAUACGUAGAUUAUACUAAUUGCUAUCGAUGCGAAGAUGGCCACACUAAGGAUCUUGGGACACAGUGUAUUGGGCGUUGCAUGCCCGGGUACUAUCAUCG